AUGGCCAACGUCAACCGUCCUACCGACUCCAAACAGAAGGAGAAGGAUAUCAACCAGAAGCUGCAAUGGUUUGGCAUGUACCAUGCCUUCAAGAACAGCAGACUCCCAUCGAACAAGCAGUGUGAUGUCGCCUUGAACAGUGCCUUGAAAUCCCAGACACUCUCUUCCCCUCCCAAGGAGCUCUCAGACGAGGGCAAGGCCCUCGUCGGGGACCUGCGCCAUGUCAUCGAGCAGGCCAAGAAGCUUCUCUUGACCAAGAACGAAGGUGAACUCCUCCAGGACUUCAUCUGGCAGGCCCAACAGAUCACCACUGGUGACGCGAAAAAGCCUGAUGUACCGGUCGGCAAGGAGGAUGGAAAGCAGGAUGGGAACAAGGCCCUGGAGGGUCUGAAGACCCUGGGCACCCUUCUAAUCACCAACGGGGAAUUCCGAAAGAUUUUGAGCGAUGCUACCAUCCUGGUCCGGGAUAUCGGCGCAGAUGCUUCCCAGAAGGCCGCCAACCAGGUUCGCCCGUCGGAAGAGCAGCUUGCGCAGAUCGACCAAGCCGCCGAAGAAAAUGUGUGGCACGAAAAGCCCAAAGUCUCCAAGGAAGACUUGAAAUCGCGGAUCAAGAAGAAAAGUGACAAAUCUAGCAAUGCCUCCGCUUCCAUCGCGGAGAAUGCCUCCCAGACUCCCUCGGAGAAGAGCCGGACCCGCGCGCUCGCCGACAAGACCAAGGAUUAUCUGGCUGAGAAGGUGCCCAAGGAGCGCCGUGACCAGACGAUCUGGCGCCUGAAAAAGAUGGUCAUCGAGAUCCAGGGCCACGCCGACUACCAGCAAGCCAUUGAGACCUUGCUGUCCUUGGCCGAAAAAUACGCCGGUCACGCCAAGACCACCACUCAGCAGGGCGGCGGUGCCGUUUCCGAUUUCCGGGCUACCGACAGUGUCAAGUCCGUGGAGACCGACCUACGCACUCUCAUCGAGCGCUUUGCCAACAGCACUUCUCUGGAUGACUUCUUCGAGUCGCUCAACGCCAUUUACCAUGAUGCGGAGAAAGAUCCCGAAUUGCGAGGAUGGUUCAAGAACAUUGACGCCUUGAUCAGGAAAUCCCUCCGUGAGCAAGGAUUCAUCAUGGAAGAAGAGUGCAACCGCCAGUGGGUUGAGCUGUACGACAAGGGCCAGUACCUGCUCCGCGAUCGCUACAAGGGCCACACCGACCGAAUCGUGAAUGAGAUCAAGUUCCUGGCCGACCAGUUCGACAAGGACCCGCAGAACAAGGCUCUUGCCGAGUCGGUCCAGAAGCUUUUCAAGGAUCUGGGCCGCGAUGCUGGCGGCAAGGUUGUCUUCAAGAAACACCUGCUCAAGGACCUCCGUGACGUGAUUAUCCCCGGCAUCUUCGAGAACGUCCGCUACAUUCCUAUCCCGCGUAUCGAAGUUUCCGACCCCAUGGUCGAUGUCGUGGUCGAGAACCUGGUCAUCGAGGGCGACAACUUGUUGCCUAAUGUGGUGGAAUUCGGUAGCGACAAUUACUUCCGCUGGGGCCGCAAGAAGAUCAGCAGCAAGCGUGACAACAAGAUCAUGAUCUCGAUGUCUGGCAUUCAGGCCGACCUCCGUGAUGUCAGCUACUACAUCAAGAAGAAGCAGGGCUUCCCCUCCAUCACCGACACCGGUGUUAUGGAUAUUAUCCUUGGCGGCGAGGGCUUCGGCUUCAAGAUUGCGGCCUCGACCGCCAGCAAGGGCGACAAGCAGCAUUUCGUUAAGCUGGACAAGGUGUCGGUGAGCAUCAAGCAGAUGGACAUCAAGCUGAAGAAGUCCAAGCACAAGGUUCUCUUCGCGACUUUCAAGCCGUUGCUCAACCGUGUGGUCCGUCCGGCUCUGCAGAAGGUGGUCGAGGGGCAAAUCCGCGAGGCCUUCAAGAACGGUGACGCUUUCGCUCACGACAUUCACACUGAGGCUAAGCGGGCCCAGGAGGCGGCCCGCGAGGAGCCGGAGAACGCGCCCAGCAUCUUCUCGCGCUACGCUGACGCUGUCCGCGCCCGCUCCCAAGCCCAGGCCAAGAAGGCCGAGGGCGCCGUCAAGCGAGACACCAAGGUCCAGACUGUGAUGACGCUCCAGGACUCGAUAUUCCCGGACGUCAAGCUGCCUGGCGGUGUCUCCACCAAGGCCACCGAGUACGCCGAGCUGGCUACCAAGGGCGAGCGUUGGGAGUCACCCAUCUUCAGCAUUGGUGAUGCUACCGAGUCGUCCGACAUCCCAUCCCAGGGCCCGGUUACCCGCAAGACGCACUCUAUGGGCGAUGCCAACGGCGCUACCGGCGUCGCCGAAGCUUCCGGCGUCUCGGGUGCCACAACUGCCGCCCAGACCAACGGCACCUCCAAGGUCGCCGGAUAUCCAUCGCGUGGCUUCUCCGACGAAGUCGACCAGGCCUUUGUCAAUGACAAGACCCAGAACCUUGGCGAUGGCAUCAAGAGCGGCACCAACGGCACCACUGCCUAA